CGAGAUCCCCACUGUUAUGGAGUGAAAUAUCUUCCUCUCGCCACCUCUUCUCCCUCCUCCGCAGCACAGUCGUGUCCACAGAAUUAUACAGAGAGCAAAAGAAUUUCCUCCUCUGCAGCACAUAGAAGAUAUGAACACUCUUAAGGCCAUCCAAACAUCCUUCCCUCUACCAAACCAAUCUUUUGCUCAUGGGAAAAAAACAGCCAGCAGGCAGAGAUUGAUCCUCUGUCUCUGCAGCUCCAAAGAAGCUGGAUCUGGCUCCUCUUCCCCAUCUGAAGGAGACAAGCGAAAGCAGGAAUUGCUUGCACGAAUUGCCAUGCUCCAAGCCCAAAAGGUUCGCCUCACCGACUUCCUCGAUGAGCGUUCUGCAUUUCUGACUCAGUUCGCAGAGGAUGCCAAUGCCGAGUUGGACAAAAUCGGCGAGAAUGCACUGAAAGAACUCGACGAAGCCAGUGCCAGGAUCAUGGAGAACCUGGAGAAUCGGAUGCAGGCUUUUGAAGAAACUGCAGAAAAUAGCAGGCAGGAGAUUGAAAAGAAUGAGAGGAUCUUGGAGGAAUUUGAGGACAAGAUCGAGCGGGACCGAAAUGAAGGCCUAUUCUUCAAGAACCUGAGGGAAAAGGCACCUCGAGGGAAAGCAGAAGCUAUGUCGGAACGACAAAAGAUCAGAGAAGUCACAAAGGAGAGUGCAGGAUCAAAGAUUCGGAGGAAUGUUUACCUUGUGCUCAUGUCAUUGCUGCUUGUCACCAUAGGAAAUGCUAUUCUCACUACUCCUGAGGUGGAAUGGAGGAAAAUUGCAGCAUUGGGCUUGAUAUUUUUUGGCCUGCUCGCUCAGUUUAUUUACGAGCAGAGCCUGUCGUCAACAACGGAGAAAACAGAUAAGAAAAAUGAGUAAGGCAUAUAAUAGUAGAAUUCCCCUCCCCUUUUUGGCAAAUAAAAGUCUUACUGAGUGCCA